UUUUUUUUUUCUGGCCUUUCUUUUUCUUGUUUUGUUUGACAGCAUAGAUCAGCCAUGAGUUUACGUUCAUUAGUUAGAUUCAGUACAAGAGCAUCAGUACUAGAGAACACAGUCAAGAUCCAAACAUCUCGUUUUGGUACAUUAUCCUUGAUGAACAGCUUCAAUAACACAGCUGUGAACAUGAAUACAUUUCAAAUACCCAGUUGGUUAGAAGCCUUCUUAUGGGCAGCGCCCAAAAAGAAGACCUCUCACUCCAAGAAGCGUAUGCGUGCGUCCAACAAGGGAUUACAACAAAAGGAGAAUAUUACAACUUGUCCAGUAUGUGGAAGCCAUAAAAUGAUGCAUCAUUUAUGUGGACAUUGUUAUUCUGAUAUCAAAAAGAAGGCCAAACUUGAGGUUGCUUAGUAACCUUUUUGUGUGUACAUAACAACAACAACAACAACAACAA